AUGGCAACAGCGCCGCCCCGCCGGCAAAGCGGCGCGUCGCUUAUGUCGCCGACGCCAGCUGGGCCAUCCUUCCGCCGCUCGCCCAUACCCCGGCGGCCAUCCACCAUGACCCAGAACUCGGACGCUUCCUCCCGUGGACACAGACGCCGCCCUGCGCUCGGGAAGGAGGCACCGGAAGAGGUAGACUGGGCUGUAGUCGAACCAGACGACGUGUUCCGCCGCCUCCCCGUGCACGAGGUCAAGCGUGUCGAGGCCAAGAUGCGCGCCGACGCGCUCAACAAGCAGUCCGAGCUCCGAUCCAUGGUUGGCACGCGGUACCGCGACCUCCUGACCUCCGCGUCACAGAUCACUGCCCUUCACAGCUCGUCGCUUAGGCUCAGUAGCAGCUUGAAGGCUGUAGGUACGGCGUGUGCCAACCCCGCGGUCGAGGUUCCCGAGGUCGAGGGCGAGGGCGUUUCGGAACUCUUGCCUGUAGCGGCUCACGUCAAGCUCCUCCUCGACACGCCGGAGGCGCUGUACUCGCUCCUCGCACACCAUGCGUUCCUGAACGCCGCGAUGUUAUGGCUGCUCGCUCGUAUCGUCAAAGACGGCCUGAACGAUAUGCCCGAGGAGGUCAAGGGCGUGAGUCCACAGCCCCGCUCCUGCUCACCCCAGCCCUACGUCGCCCUCAUGCAGAAGCAAUGGGAGGCCCUCCUCCCAUUCCGUGGGCAAAUCGUGUCGCGAGCCACAUCUGCUCUCCGUGCUCGCGAACUCCUCGAGAAGCAGCACACAGCAGACACACUCCUCGCCCUGAUCAUCCUCGACGGUCUCAGUGUCGACGACGCACUCGAGCUCCUCCUCAGCCAGCGUCUCCGCGCCCUCCGAGACAUCCUCGCUCACUCUUCCGGAAGGAGGAGGUCCUCAGCCCGUCGCGAGUCUGUUACCGCCAAGGAGCCACCAAAGGAUGUGGACAAGACGCUCGCGGAGGCUCUCCUUUGCAUUCUGGAUGCGGAGGGGCUCGCACACGCGCUCUUCGAGUCACGCCGCCGCGCAGACGGCGAGAGUCUGAUUCAGGAGGCGAUACGCCUUGUCCAGGCCGGUGACGAAACACCAAAGCCCACGCCAAAGAGCCACAACCGCCGGGCGUCGCGCAUCGCCUCCAUCUCCCUCCCCCUCCCCCCAAUUUUCCGGUCCGCCUCUGGACCAUCAACCAGCGCCCGGCGCGUGCUCUCGACCCUCCCUGCCUCCCAGAUCCUCCUCCGCUACCUUCCCACUACCGUGACAGGCUUCACGCCUUUCAUCGCGCCCUCCCCCGCCCCACUCCUUUCCGACCGCCUAUCUCCAUGGGAGAGCCAGGUCGUCGCCGUGCUCCGCGAAGCUGUGCCCGCAUGGCUCGCAGGUCUCACUUCAGUGGCGGAUGUGUGGGCCCUCCGUGCCGCGACACGCGACCUCCUCCCCGACAAGGGCAUGGGGUCGCGCAUCCGCGACGCCCUCGAGGACGAGUGGGGUGCGCGCGUACAAGCCAUAUGGACGGCCAAGCUCGACGCGCUCGUCACCGGGGCACGGGACGCCGUUCAAACGGCUGCGGACAAGAUCCGCUCCGGUGCUGAGGUGCAGGACAACGAUCCAGCGACUUACACGUUCGCGGACGUGGCGUUCCCGAGCGCGUCCGCGCUCGCGGGUUCCAGUGGAGCUGGGUUCGCCACUUUCCUCCGCAACCUGAAGAAGCGCGCGGCGCGUCGCACACCCCUCCUCGACUCGGUACUGGACGGCCUGGAGGCCGCGGCGGACGACAUCGCAGCGGACCUCGCUGGUCUCCCCAAGAACUUGGGAGAUGACUACAGGAGUAAGCUGGGCGGUGCACUCGGAGCGCUCGUGCACGCGCUCAACGACGCGCUCUCCGAGGCGGGCGGACACAGAGACAAGACUGGCAGCAUCGAGGCCGAGCUCUUCAUCGGCAGGAUAGCCCUCUUCCUCGCACACGCGAGUCCGUUCCUCUCAGACCUCGGUGCGGACGAGUCCGAUCUGCCAAGGGCGCAGGUCGCGCUGAUGGAAACCCACACCGAGAGCACAGUACAGUGGCAGGCUGCGGCGGUUGACGCAGCUCGGGCCGCCAUCCUACCGCUAUUCGACGUGCAUCGUGGACCAGCGCAAGUCCGAGCGUCUUGGCAAGGGCCUCACCCGACCGCGCCGAGCCCACAACUCCUCACGUCGCUCACCCUUCUAGUUGCGGCUGUGCGGCGUCUAGGCGUGCCACCGGUCGUAGAGCUUGACAGUGUGCCGCGCCUCCUCCGUGCCUUCCGGACCGAAGCACGCGAUUUGGAAGGAUGGGAGGCGUCUUCGGGCGAGGGCGCAGGUGAACUCGCCGCCCAAUCGGCAUUCGACCUCGCCUUCCUCGACCUCUUGACUGGGGACGACAUUAGCUCGGAUCCUAUCAUCAAGAGUCUGCUCGACGACGUUGCUGGCGACUUUGGCCAACGCUUGCCCGAACUCGUGGGCGAGGCCCUCCGGCGUACACAGGUCGUGCUUCACCCUCUUGUCGAGCAUCUGGUCCCUGCUGAACGGGGGAAACGCGAACGCACCGGCGCCCUCCUCCGCCUUGGGGCGCCGGCACUGCGCGGCGGCGUUGGAGCCGAGUUUAAGAGUCCGCUCGCGGUUGCGAGGCCAGGGAAGCGGUUUGGUAUGCUGUCUAUCGUUGCGUAG